AUGAUGCCGCAUGCGUUGUCCUCUUAUGACGUCUUGGCGUUCAACGACGGGUUUCGCUUUUUCUAUCUGAAGAGCAAACAGCACAUUGCUGCCAUCGCCAACUGGAUGAGUGCAGCAGCUAUUUGGUUGAUUUUAGCUGUUUCUAUUGAGCGUUUUCUAAUAAUUCGCUCACCAUUACGAUCGAAACUCUAUUGGCAACGUGGUAAAAUGGUGCUUGCACUGAGCUCGAUUUUUUUCGCAACUGGCCUACUUACGUUGUACCAUCAUUUCGAGUACGAUUGCACAUUGAUGGAGUUUUGUAACGGAAGUCAACUAAUUGAUUUUUGCUACUAUGCUGGAGAAAAACACCCAAGAACGUUUCUCAAAAAAGAACUAGUAAGACAAUUGCAACUCGUUGUUUUAGAAUUUAUGAAUGGCAAGAUUUUGCCGAGCGCCGCUAAGAAGCUUUAUAUGCGAAUUAUGACCAUUUUUAAUGCGGUUCUAGUGGUUUUUGCACCGAUUCUUCUAGUCAUUGUAUUAAAUAUGCUUAUGAUUCGAGAACUACAUUUUAGUGACAGAUCUAUAUUGGAAAUUCAUGGAUCGAUAACGACGAAUCAGCACCGUCAACGUCGCCAUGUUACAAUCACUGUCAUUGCAAUCGGGUUGUGCUUCUCGUUGACGCAGGGACCAUCAGCAGUAAUGGUGAUUUGGGAGCUAUUUGCUGGCUAUGCUCAUUUGGGAUCGACAUUUUACGCUAUAUUUAGAGUUGCCGAAGGAGUGCAACGUUGGAAAAUCGCCGAAGCAGGGAUAGUGCCGACAAAGGUGAAAAGGUUGCGAAAAAGGCAACUAAUAACGAAUCAACGGGAAUAG